AUGGGGGGGACAGCUCAGUCAGGAGAUGGUGCUCUUGUUGGUGGACCAGUGAGCCGGCUAAGUGGCACAAUGACCGGCACCCUUAAACCUCAACAACUAGAGGGCAGGAUAUGUGGGGAGGAGCAAAGCGGAGCUACUAGUCUAGAACGGGGAGAUGAGCACCAUGAGCGCCAGGCAAGUCUGGCCGAGUCUGGCUCCGAACCAGGCCGGCCCCCGCGCUCCCUCCUCCGCCAGCUGCAGGUCUUAAGCCAGCCCGACCCCAGGGUCUCCCGGCGAGGGGAGGGAAUGAGCCAUAACGAGGGCAGGCGCCGCUUCCGCCGGAAGUGCCCUCCCCGCCUUCCCAAUAUGGCGACUGCAGGAGCCGGGUUCGCACUUCCGGCAGGAGGAGCCACGUCUAGAGCUGCCUGGCCGCAGGUGAGCCGGGGCCGAGGCGACUGCCGUGGGCCCGAGGGAGCUGGGAGGAAGGGAAGGCGAGGGCGGCGUCCUGGCCUCGGCCCCGGCCCGGGCCCGCGGCAGCGGGGAGCCCGAGGGCGUGGCGGGGCUGGGCGGAGAGCCGAGAGUCCGGCUUCCCCGCAGGCAUGGCCCGGGGCUAGAAGGAAGCACCUCCAGCUUCCCGGUCCCCACCCCUGGCCGGGCCCUGGCGCAGGGCCGCAGCCCCCGGGUACGCCUCCGCAGCCAGGCUCAUCCACAGGGGGGCACCCACCCCCAACCCCGCGGCUCCCUCAGGGCUGUGCCGCGCGGCUCCCCCCCCCCCCCCCCCCCCCCGGGAAUAGCCCCACCUCUCCCCGGGCCUCAGUUUCCUUCUGUGUCACAUAA